AUGGCUAAAUCUGAAGGGAAAACUGCCUCUCGAUCAUGCCUGCCAGGCUGGUGGGAGGCCUGGAAGCAGAGGCAGAUCUACAACCGAGACACCGUCACCAGCUCUAUCGCAGAUGCUACCUGGGACAAGCUCGACCGGGAGAUCGAAGCUCUGGUAGCUCGGCUGAGUAGCUCCGGAGUAACGACCGAAGAGCUGAGGAGAGCCGUGGUGGUGGCGAGAGACGGAGAAAUCUACUACACCCUAGCACGAGGACAGUUCAACCCCCCAGACAACUUUCCUUACACUCUUGACGAUGAAGAGAAGGAGUCGCUGGUAGCUGAAAGAGAGCGGCUGUUCUCUCAAGGGAAGAUGUUUCGUGUCAUCUUGACUGUCUCACUGUGCAGUUUUCUGCAAGGAUUCGUCCAGUCCUCCAUCAACUCAGCCACCCUAUACGCCAGCCAUCUCAAAGUCCGGUACAUCACGGAGAAGGAGCUUCGGGCUGACAUCGACGCUCACGACUGGGCUCUCGGGGCGAUGAACUGCAGUCCCUACUUGGCGGCUGCCUUCAUCGGGGCGCCACUUUCGCUCGCAAUGAACCAGUGGGUGGGAAGGCGCGGAGCCAUCACCAUCUCCGCGUUGUUGAUUAUUGCGAGCUCGGUGGGGUCGGCAUUUGCUCCCGAUUGGAGAUCAUUGCUCGGAGUGCGAAUUAUUGGUGGCAUCGGCAUGGGAAUCAAGGCAGUCAGCGCUCCCAUCCUCGCUUCCGAAACUGCAGUCGGAUACUGGAGAGGUUCAACAAUAUUGCAGUGGCAACUUUGGGUGGCGUUUGGAAUUAUGAUGGGAUUGGUUGUCAAUCUCAUCAUCGCUGGUGCUGUCCAUGGGUACGAUUUUGCGCAGAACAUUCCGGGCAAGCCAGAACCCGCGUCUUGGAUGUCACAGUACAAGGCUCUGCAAGGCAUACUUGCAGCGCCUGCCGUGCCGGCCUUUUUGCUCCUGAUCGCUGUUUGCUUCUGUUAUGAGAGUCCACGAUUCUACAUGCGGCGCCGUACUCCUAACUAUCAUCCGGCUCGAGCGUAUGAGAUCCUGCUCAACGUUCGAAACACCAAGUUACAAGCUCUGCGAGACAUCUUUCUCAUCCAUUGGUCCAAUCCAGUGGAUGAUGACGUAGAGGCAACGGAGAAGGCCGAGAAGCAGAGACUAACAUAUGCAUCGCGCUUGGGUAUGGGUAUACGCAUCUCCAUCACACAGUACAAGACUCUCUUUAGUACUACGCGCCUUCGAAAUGCGGUAUACAGUUCAUGCACAGUGAACCUGGCACAGCAAAUGUGUGGAAUCAAUAUCCUUGCCUUCUACUCCAACGAACUGUUUUCUAAAACUUCAGGAGCAAGAGACCAGACAAAUGAGAAGGCCGCAAUGCUGUAUAGCAUGGGAUUCGUCUUUGCCGCAGCGUAUUCUCCAGGCCUCGGACCCAUUCCAUUCACGUUGGCAUCUGAAAGCUUUCCCAUGUCGCACCGAGAAGCUGGAGCUUCUGUGGCUGUCGCUAUAAACUUGCUCUUCGCUGGGCUCCCUACCAUUUUCUACCCGAAAAUCAACACGAAAUUCACAACUUCGGGAGCGACGGGAUUCUUUUCCGGCCUGAAUGUUAUCGCAUUUGUGCUGGUUUAUCUCCUCGUUGAAGAGACACAGCGGCUGAGCCUCGAAGACUUGGAUACAAUAUUCGACCGUUCCAAGCUGCAUCAUAUGGCGUAUCAAAUCCGAACGUACCUGCCAUACUUUAUCCAGCGAUAUGUCUUUUUGAGAAAGGUUGAGCGCCCGCCAACUUACUAUCAGACAAUCAUGGAGUUGGACCAAGAUAGAGAGGCGGAAUAG